AUGCACCCUGGCAUGGGAGUGUCAGCGGGCGAUCGUCGCUGCGGCGAAAAUACGGUGAUGCAGGCCAGGAACGGGAUCUGCGACAAGAUCGAAAAUUACAUAUCCGAUCUGGGACAAUGGUCAGUAUGGAGAGCGAUAAUACUGGGACAAGUGCUGUCCCUGGUGUUAUGCCUCAUGACGCACGCGAAUCAUCACAUCAACACCGCGUAUCAACUCGCGCUCCCGUCCGCACAAAACCUUCCGCAUUACGUUAUGAUGUGUCUUGUAUACACAACCUGGAUGUCCUGCAGAGGAGUAGGGAACGGCCUAAUUUCCGUCAUAAAAGCCCGUGGAUGGAGGUACUUGCUGUUGGCCCUCAUUGACGUCGAAGCGUGUACACUUGUAACAUCCUCGCAUCAAUUCACCAGCCUGGCUGGAAUACAGCUGCUCGAUUGCGUGGCUAUACCAGUUGCAUUGGCGUUGUCGUGUUUGGUUCUCGGCGUGAGAUACAGAAUGGUGCACAUAGUCGGCGUUUCCGUUUCCCUGAUGGGGGUGGGAUGCUUGGUUUGGGCAGGAAUUGAUGACAAUAAAGAUCCUACGACUACAGGGAAGAAUCACCUCGUUGGUGAUAUGCUGUGCCUCGGUGGCGCGGUGUUGUUCUCCAUAACAACGGUACUACAAGAGUUAACAGUAAAGACAGUCGAUAUUAUCGAGUACCUCGGCAUGAUCGGUUUCUUCGGUACUAUAUUAUGCUGCAUGCAAACGGCCGUGUUAGAGAGCUUAAAGUUGGAAUCAUUUCAAUGGUACAACGCACCAGUAAUCACGUUCUUGGUGUUUUACUGCAUCACGCAAUUCGUAUUUUUCUCGCUGGUGCCUGUUAUAUUGUUCGAAUCCGGUGCAACUGCAUUGCAAUUAGCACUGCUGACUGCAGAUUCCUUCAACGUUUUAUUUGGCAUGCUGCUCCAUCAAUACAGGUUUCACGCAUUGUAUUUCGUCUCCUACACGCUCACAAUGACAGGCAUAUACAUCUACGCGAUAAAGAGAACUCCAACGUCGACGAACUCACGGAGACAGCAUGCUGAACCGUCUGCUCCAGAUUACAGACAUAUGUCUCAUCCUGACGUCGGAGAGGUGGAAAUGGCAACAAGUUCGGGGAUGUCUGGCGUGAGUGGUACCCUCGACAUGAGGACGUCGACCCUUGGCAGCGAAAAAGAAACAAUAGACGCGACAAGUUUACCGCCAAGCGUUAGCUCUGACACGGCCUUCACCUCCUUUUAUGGAAGUUACUACGACUGA